AUGAUCCUGGAUGAAGUCUUUAAAUUAGGCCGCCGCCUAAAACUGGUGAACGGCUACACCUGGCUGCCGCGCAUCACCGGGCUUUGGGACCAGGAGAGCAGCGUGCAGCGCAGGGGGGUGCUACGGAGGGACACCGGAGGGACUUCUCACCAUGGAGGACCACUUCAUCCUUGA